AUGUUCCUUUUCAAUGCUGCGGUGAUGGGAUUUGCUGAGAGCGGAUGGAUGAACUUGGUCUUGGAGCAGUUCGAUGCUAUUGUGACGAACGUUGCGAACUCCUACCGUCUUCAAGAGGAGUGCGAUGUCCUUUCUCUAGUCCUGUCCAAGCAUCCCGGCGAAGCGGAUGAUGCUUGCUACGGAUACUGGUACUGGUAG